AUGGGAGAAUUUCAAGAUGUUGAUAGAUAUAUUUCGAUUCUAAAAGAAUGUAAACCACUUUCGGAAAGUGAAGUUAAACAUCUCUGUGAGAAAGCACGUGAUAUAUUAUUGGAGGAGUCGAAUGUGCAACCAGUCAAGUGUCCGGUGACUGUGUGUGGUGAUAUUCACGGUCAGUUCCACGAUUUGAUGGAGUUGUUCAAGAUCGGUGGUAACUGUCCAGACACCAACUACCUGUUCAUGGGUGACUACGUCGAUAGAGGUUUCUACUCUGUAGAGACCGUAACCCUUUUGGUUGCCUUGAAAGUUCGUUAUAAAGACCGUGUUACCAUCCUCAGAGGUAAUCACGAAUCCAGACAAAUCACACAAGUAUACGGUUUCUACGAUGAAUGUUUAAGAAAGUAUGGUAAUCCAAAUGUAUGGAGAUUCUUUACCGAUCUAUUUGACUAUCUACCAUUGACUGCACUCAUUGAGAAACAAGUAUUCUGUUUGCACGGUGGUCUAUCACCAUCGAUCGAUACUUUGGAUCAUAUUAGAAACUUGGAUCGUCUACAGGAGGUACCACACGAAGGUGCAAUGUGCGAUCUGUUGUGGUCGGAUCCAGACGACAGAAGUGGAUUCGGUUAUUCACCAAGAGGUGCCGGUUACACAUUCGGAAAGGAUAUUUCCGAGCAAUUCAAUCAUAACAACGGUCUGACCCUCGUCGCCAGAGCACAUCAAUUGGUCAUGGAGGGUUACAACUGGUGCCACGAUCAAAAUGUAGUAACUAUUUUCAGUGCACCCAACUAUUGUUAUAGAUGCGGUAACCAAGCUGCCAUAAUGGAGAUUGACGAAAAAAUGAAACAUACUUUCUUACAAUUUGAUCCAGCUCCAAGAAGAGGUGAACCACACGUCACUAGACGUACUCCAGAUUAUUUCUUAUAA